UCCCCGACGCCUCUCUCCUCACCAUCUUUUAGCCUCCCCGCAGAUCCCUCGCCUCUCCUCUGCAGAGAAAGAGUGAGGCAAAAUGAAAGAAAACGACCCCAGCGACUGAAUUACUGCACUCUGUUAGCGUCAUACAGAAAGAUAAAGAGAGACACGGAGAGUGAAAGCAGCUCAUAAACACAGGCCGUACAAGUUUUCCAAUCAACUGCAUACAUAUGACGUCGCUCACUCCCCCUUCUUCUUUCCCGCCAACAUCUCCUCCUCCUCCUCCCUCUUCCGCCUCCGGCGGCAGUGCCACCGCCUCCUCGCCUUGCGCCGCCUGCAAAUUCCUCCGCCGAAAAUGCCAACCCGAUUGUGUAUUCGCACCCUACUUCCUCGCCGAUCAACCCCAAAAGUUCAUCAGCGUCCACCGAGUCUUCGGAGCCAGCAAUGUCACCAAACUUCUCAAGGAAAUCCCCCAGAAAGAUCGAGAAGACGCCGUAAAUUCUCUCGCCUACGAAGCGGAUAUGCGUAUCAGAGAUCCCGUAUAUGGUUGUGUGGGUGUCAUCUCAAUUCUCCAUCACGAACUCCGUAAGCUCCAGCUCGAGCUCUCCUUCGCACGAUCGGAACUUGCGAGGUACCAAUUCAAUCCUCCGCAGCCUUCAGCUGAUUUAUGGCCGGGAAAUCAAUUUGGAUUCGAUGCGACCGCUUCGGUAGGUUUUGGGAUGAAUGUCGGAGGAAAUUUGAUUUUUAGGGCACCGAGUGCUAGGGCUACCGGGGGUGAUGGGGUUGGGCCUACCUAGCGGGAUUGUGUGGAGAUUCUUGUGGCGGCGGGUUAGUUUUAGUUGUUCUUAAUCAGGAGAAAAUAUUAUGUGUGGAUGAGAUGUGUGUGAAUUAAUUACAAAUUGAUAGCAUUAUGAAGAUAUUGUAGUGUUAUUGUACCAAAAUACCAUCAGAAUAGCACAUGUGACACUAUUCUGGUGGUAUUUGUGAUGGCAUUAUGCUACAAUACCACGAAUUCACACC